AUAGAGUGCAGUGUGUGCAUGUACACUCAUGUCUAGAAGAUACCAAACUUGUAAGUCACUCUCACUUAGUUCUGAGAUGGCACAAGGAACACUGUGAGCAAUGACCCCAGGAGAGGCUUAAUCACCGUUCCUCCGGUGGGGAGCAGGGCUCUUUGGUCAGUGAGCACGGACUCUGUGGUCACUGUACAAGGACAUAACCAUAUUUGGGACACAGUCCUGUGGCUUCCCAUCAACUGCCCAGGAUAUAAGUCAUCAUGAUUAAGACACAGAAAAAUGUAACUUUCACUAAUAGAUAAGGAAACAUAUAAAUAGUAGAUCAGCACUUCUGUACGGAGUGAGAGUUCAGAUUGGAGAGAGUUAAGAUCAGAGAGAGAGAGAGUGAACAAAGAAGUACCGACGUAGCACCGACUCCUCGUGUUUUCUUGGGUUUUGGGUGUACGAACUAACAUCGGCAGCUAAUCGCACGAACUCUAUGUAAGGGGCGCCAUCGAAACCAGCUACCACAUUACCACUACCCUUACAUUUGGUGGAUCAGCGGUGGGAUUAGUUGCAAGUGCACCGCCCGGAGGACCUGAGGAGUCGAGAGCACCAUCAUCGCUACAGAGGACUGAAGACAGGAGGUAAGUGCCUUGUUUGUGGGUUUGAGGAGGAAACACGCACGCUUUUGCCUGACCGCUCUUAGAUUUCUUGUGUGAGAUAUACUAUCGAUUCAUGAUGGAUAACCAGAACGCAAACGAUGAGGUUCAGGAUGAUCCAAACGCACCUGUAGAUCCAAACGCGCCUGUAGAUCCGAACGCACCUGUAGAUCCGAACGCACCUGUAGAUCCGAACGCGCCUUUAGAUCCGAACCCUCCGAUUAACCAGAACGUACCUGCAAAUCCACAAUUAGCUGGCUUAAACGUAGGACUGGGGUACACGCCAUUUGACAGGAAGUUACCAAAAUUCACGGGGACAGGAACAAGUAUGACUGUCGAGGAGUGGAUUGACGAGGUCGAGGGAGCGUUCCAGUUGUUUAACGUGCCAGCAGGGCACAGGGCCGGGUUAUUGUAUAGACAGCUAGAGGGCGAGGCCCGUAGACAAGUUAAUGUCUUAUCUAAUGGCGACCGUGUGGAUGUCGAGAGGCUAAAGGACAGGCUCAUCGAGGCGUUUGGGGACACCGCCCCUGUGUCAGUAAUAAUGGGCCAGUUCUACUCCCGUGUUCAACUGUCACGUGAGAGCCUGCAGCAGUAUGCUCUGGCCCUGCAAGAGUUACUGAAGAGGGCAGAUAGACGGAGGGGUGAGCCCUUGGCCGAUAAUGACGUCAUCCUGAGAGACAGGUUUUUAGAUGGAAUAAGGGAUGAAUGGCUUCGUCGUCAGUUGCGGAGGGAGGUUAUGAGGGCCCCCGCGGAUAACCCUCGGACCUUCCGAGAUAUAAAGGAAGAGGCUUUCCAUGUUAGUGGAGAGUGGGGGGCGAGUACAAGGCCUGUUCAGGCCCAGCAAAUGUCAAUGGGAGGCGAGGCGGAUGAAUUGUCGCGUCUCCGAAUGGACACUGCCAGAGCGCUAGAAGAUAUCCGCAAGGAGAUAGCUAGGCUAGUUGUGCGACCCGCUCCCAUGAACGUCAACAAUCAGGCUGCACGCGGCCCGACAGGUCCUUUCCCCAGAAAUAGGUGGGAUCCUGCUUCGGGACGGCCGAUCUGUAAUCGCUGUGACCAAGUGGGUCACAUAGAGAGGUACUGUAGAAGUGACGGACGUCAGGAUGUAAGGUUGGCAAAUCCCGCGGUCAACCCAAACUAACUCACUCCGCAACCACGGGCCCUGGUAAGCGGAGUGG